AAGAGCACACAAAUUAAAUGGCAGAUUGGGCUCCUGUAAUUAUUGGUUUAGUCCUGUUCGUGGUGUUCUCGCCAGGUUUACUGUUCCAGCUUCCGGGCAAAGGACGUGUGGUGGAGUUUCUCAACUUUCAAACCAGUGGCAUCUCCAUAUUUGUCCACUCUCUUCUCUUCUUUGGAUUCAUGGUUAUUUUCCUCAUUGCCAUUAAUGUUCACAUUGGUAGCGGAUGAAGCAUUCAGCAUAG